UCAAACUCUCUAGCGCCCCCUUGAGGAAAAUUUCCUCCACUCCAGCUGUGCACCUGACAGAUGUCCAAAACCAUUUCAGUCGACAAAACAUUAUGUCCUGAAUGUUUCUCCUUUAAUUCGAGCGCACGUCCCUGUUUUAAACGCAGUGAACGCGCAGCAGAGAGCAGCUCUUCACCUUGAACGCGCUCGGCAUAAUCAAAGAGCGACGUAUGACUGUGGGCUGAUCGACAUAUUGGACAUUCAUUUCAUGUACAGCACAUUCCUAAAAUCUGCGCUCAUUCUAAGGAUGGAUUUUGAAAUGGUGAAUAUAUUUGUUAUUGCCGGAGGGACGCUGGCGAUACCCAUCCUGGCAUUUAUAGCCUCUUUCUAUCUGUGGCCUGCAGCGCUUAUUCAAGUCUACCACUGGUAUUGGCGCAGGCGUCUGAGGAUGCAGGUGGAUUAUGCAGAAUACGAAGGAUAUCGCUUCUGUUAUUCUCACAGAGGAAGUCCGGGCGCACGGCCGUCUGUUCUUAUGUUACACGGCUUCUCUGCUCAUAAAGACAUGUGGCUGGCUGUAGUCAAGUUUCUGCCAAAAAAUGUGCACCUGGUCUGUGUCGACAUGCCGGGUCAUGAAGGGACCAGCCGGACCAGUGCCGUGGAUUAUUCCAUAGAGGGUCAAGUGAGACGCAUAAACCAGUUUGUGAAGCGCAUCAGGCUGAACAGAAAACCUUUCCAUCUUAUCGGCACGUCAAUGGGUGGAAACGUGGCUGGAGUUUAUGCCGCGCGUCACCCGUCUGAUCUGUGCGGCGUCACUCUCAUCUGUCCAGCAGGUCUUCAGUAUCCCACCGAGAGUACGUUUGUUCAGCGUUUAAGGGAACUGGAGAAGACUCAAGAUGCUGACGGGAUUCCACUCAUCCCCUCCACACCUGAUGAAAUGGAACAGAUGCUGAAGUUAUGCUCAUACGUGCGUUUCAAGAUUCCCAGACAGAUUCUUCAGGGACUAGUUGAGGUCCGUAUUCCAAACAACGACUUCUACCGAGAGUGUUUCAUGGAGCUUGUUGGAGAGAAAUCGAGACAUUCUUUACAUGAGAACAUGCAUCUCAUCACAGUUCCUCUUCAGGUUAUUUGGGGGGAAAAUGACCAGGUGCUGGAUGUGUCUGGGGCUUCUGUUCUCGCCGAGGCCGUCCCCGGUUGUCAAGUUCAUCUCCUAGAUAACUGUGGUCACACAGUAGUGAUGGAACGACCCAGAAAAUCCGCCCAGCUCAUCAUGGACUUUAUUGUCGCACAACAGAACGCAAGCAACAGCACAAAGAAACUUUCCUAAAACUGGACUGUAUGUGAUGUCGGGUUGAAUUCAAGUUUAAGCUCUGUGCUUCUCACAGUAGGUUGGUAGAGGUCGUUGUGCGGCUCUGACCCUUUUUACCUUGAACCGUGACAUUUAAUCGAUGAGUGACCAUGAAUACAGUUUAUAUACUGAAAGUUGUUUCGGAUGAAAGCGUCUUACAAAUACCAAUAUGUCAUUUUCCAGAUUUGUAAAUAAUCAAAGCUAUUUUUUUAGCGAAUGCUCAGGGACGUUGAGUUGACAAGCACUUCAGAUGCUAUGCAGUUACUGCUCAGUGUGACUGCGGACUGUAGUUAUGUGAACUUUAAAUAGAAACGUAGAAACAUUUGUGUUUAUUACAAGAGACAUUUCUCAUUUUUCUCUGACGUGUGACGGUUAUAGCGAGCAACCUACCUAGACAGCACUUUUGGGCAUUUAAGGCCAUAUCAGAAGAAAAGAAUCAAACAUUUUAAGGAAUAGUUCACCCAAAACUAAAAAUGUGACUCAUCAUAUGGUAUGAUAUUUCAUCAGGAGCGACACAGAAACCAAUGAUUUAAAGUUUGACGUGCCGCCAUAUUUAGUGCGACAUUUGUUUUGAUUUCAGUUUCACUAAAUAAGCUCAAAAUAUCAAUGGUUUCCUCGCACAAACGUGUUGUUUUGCUUCGGUAGACGUUAAUUAACCAUAUAGAAUGAACCAUAUAAUCAUUUUUAUAUUUGGUUUUACUUUUCCUUUAAACGUGAUGCCCAGAAUAUCUCUAGAUUUGAGAGCUUCAGUGUCCUGUGGUUGAGUGUUUAUCUUCAAUUUUAUGAACAAUAGUUUUAAUGGUGUUACACACACAUAACUUUGUCUUAAAGAACUUUUAAAAGAUCUUUUCAGUAUUUUGUAUGAAUCAUGUUCCAGAUUUGUCUGUACACAAAACUAUUGAACAAGUGUUAUCUACAUAUUUUGGAAGUUGUGCAAACACGUUUUUUAUUAUUUAUUUGACUAGUUGUCAAAUAAACUGGUGACUAAAACAAAACAUAUCAUUGAAAUGUUCUCAGUGUUUUUCUUUUGUCUGUGUAGGUGCAGUUUCCACAGCCUUAAAACACAAGAAACUCUGUGACGUUAUUUCGUUUUAUUUCAUUCAGUGAUAAUGUAUCACAACAUGACGUUUGAAGAAUUCUUCAAAUCACACAGGAACUUACAACAGAACGUGGUUCAUAUGAUGAACUAACAUCUUUAUAAAAGACAGUCGUAUUUGCACCGUGUUACGGACAUUACAAUAUCAUGAUAACAAUGUAUCACAUUUUCAAUAAAUCAUAUAAACAAUCCCUCACAGAGGUAGAAUCAAAUAUUCAAUGUUGAUCUUUCGACUGAAACACAAACAUCUUCAGAUCUCAGUCAUCAACAUAACCUUAAAAGUAUAUUCAGAACACAACAUCUGAAAUCAUUGAGUCUUCUUAGAAGUCAAAAACUUUAUACUUCACAGUAUAUACUGUAAAUAUUUUUACCACCUGAAAACAAUUAUUCUACCAAUUUCCUCAAAAAUGAAAAUCAAUGUAGACAAACUACUUCAUUU